AUGUAUAGCACGUUAAACUCGCUGUUGAUGGUGUGCUUCACAUCUGCGUUUUAUUAUAAUAACGAUUAUUAUCGCGAUACGCCAUAUUGGAACUUGAGGAACGCGGAAAAUCAGACCGAACAAUCAAAGCUGAAUCUCAAUUAUACUUACUUCCUUACAUUAAGAAACUAUCAAGUGAACGCACAGUCCGCCUCAGAGAUCGACUAUCCCUGGAUCGCGCGGGUUGUACACUCGCAAAUAUAUUCCAAACCUCAGCUAUGUACAGCUGUUUGUAUCGGAGAACGGAUUUUCAUAACCGCCGCCAGAUGUGUUAUUCUCCUCAAAAUAAGUCACGCAUCGCUUAUAUACCAAGAUCACCACCUCAAACCCAAAGCGUUUGUGCUGCCGACGAAAGAGACGAAGCAAAUGUAUGACGAUAUAGGCUUCAUUGUCGUCCACGACGAAUUUCCCGGAAAAUGGAAAACUGUGGAGCUGUUUGACGGAAAGCGAACGGACGGAGUCUUCAGAUGGUUCGGGAACCUGGUGUUUGAUGACUUCGAGCACAAGGUUGUUGGGUACGCGAAAUUUAAGACCGACGAAUCGGUUCUCGUGUGGAAAAGACCGUAUUAUCUAACCCAGCUUAAAGUCCACGUCAGUUUAAAUUUGUGCCCCGAGAUUUUGAUAUACAACCAACGUAUGGACGGCUUCGCAGUACCCUGCUACCAUUCUUGCACUUUAGCCCAAUUCGAGGGUAAAACCUCGAAACGACACCCAAGAUGCAAUAACUACCACGGCUCGGAAGGCAGUGCAAUAAUCAAUUUAAAAACAAAUAAAUUGUUAGGUAUAGCCACUUGGGGAGCGUAUUUCAACAAGUACGAAUUGCCAGUCGGAUUCUCGGUACCGAACUCGGAUAUUUUUUACGAAGAUAAAUUUUGUGCGGAGAAAAUACGGGAUCAUUCAGAUUUUAUCGUCGAUCCCGGAUUUUAUCAAGAACUCUGCGAUGGGAACAGCAGAAGAAGUUUGAUUAGUAAUAAUAUGAAGAGAUGAAUGGAAAACUACGAAUAAUAUUAUAAAAAUUUAUUUCCUUAGGUUCUUACAAUUAGACUAAAUUGGGGUA